GGAAAUUCCCGAGUCCGCCCCUCGUGACGUCACCGUCCUGGAUUCAGGGAGAGCCGGAAGUGGCGCGAGCCUCAUUCCUCCAGCGGACCUCCUCCUCCCGAGCCUCCAGCCGGACCAGCCGGACCUCCCGGACCCCGGACCCCGGACCCCGGACCUCUGCCUCGGCCCACUCGUGUUGGACUGAAGAUGUGGAAGGCCGCAGCAGGACAGUCGGUCAACGUGACCGUGGACGAUGGAGGAGACGACUGGGAGACCGACCCGGACUUCGAGAACGACGUCUCGGAGAAGGAGCAGCGCUGGGGAGCGAAGACGGUCUCUGGUUCUGGACACCAGGAGCACAUCGACAUCCACCAUCUCCGUCAGACCGUCUCCACGGAGCACACGUCCCUGAAGCAGAAGGAGUUGGAGACGAUGCCCAAGGCGUCUCACGGUUACGGGGGGAAGUUCGGAGUGCAGCAGGACCGCAUGGACAAGUCAGCUGUGGGUCACGACUACCAGAGCAAGCUCUCUAAACACUGCUCCCAGACCGACACGUCAAAGGGCUUCGGAGGGAAGUUUGGAGUUCAGGAAGACCGAGUGGAUCAGUCGGCCGUGGGCUUCGAGUACAGCGGGAAGACGGACAAACACGCCUCGCAGAAAGACUAUGCGGCGGGGUUCGGAGGUCGUUACGGUGUCCAGGCGGACCGGGUGGACCAGAGCGCCGUGGGCUUCGACUACCAGGGCAAGACGGAGAAGCACGAGUCCCAGAAAGAUUACACCCGGGGCUUCGGAGGGAAGUUCGGCAUCGAGACGGACAAAGUGGACAAGAGCGCCGUGGGCUUCGAGUACCAGGGCAAGACGGAGAAGCACGAGUCCCAGAGAGAUUACGUGAAGGGCUUCGGGGGGAAGUUCGGCGUCCAGACGGACCGGCAGGACAAGUCGGCUCUGGGCUGGGACCACCAGGAGAAGGUCCAGCUCCACGAGUCCCAGAAAGAUUAUUCGAAAGGAUUCGGAGGAAAGUUUGGAGUUCAGAACGACCGCAUGGACAAGAGUGCGGGUUCCUUUGAGCAGGUGCAGAAGCCUCAGUCGUCGUACCAGAAGACCAAACCUGUGGAGGCCGCACCGGCAAGCAUCAAGGCCCGCUUCGAGAACCUGGCCCGGCAGAACGAGGAGGAGGACCGGCGCCGGGCGGAGGAGGAGCGCGCUCGCCGCCAGGCCAAGGAGCAGCAGGAGCAGGAGGAGGCGCGGCGCCGGCAGGAGGCGGAGCCGGAGCCGGCCCGGGCGCCCAGCCCCGCCCGCAGCCCCGCCCGCAGCCCCGCCCGCAGCCCCGCCCCCGUCGCCCCGCCGGCGGACGAAGCUCCUGACAGCGAGGAGCAGCUCUACGAAGCGCCGGCCGAGGAGGAGCUGUACCAGACCCCCGACGAGACCGGGACCAGGACCACAGACCCCCAGCAGUAUGAGGAGGACCUGGGAGUGACCGCUGUGGCUCUGUACGACUACCAAGCAGCCGGAGACGACGAGAUCUCCUUCGACCCCGAUGACAUCAUCACCAACAUCGAGAUGAUCGACGAGGGCUGGUGGAGGGGCGUCUGCCGCGGCGCCUACGGCCUCUUCCCCGCCAACUACGUGGAGGUCCGGCAGUGACGGCCCCGCCCACCUCCCGAUGCCCCGCCCACCUCCCGAUGCCCCGCCCACCGCCAGAUGCCCCGCCCACCUCUCUCCCCCCACAGUUUACCCUGAUGGUGAAGAAACAGUCUGGAGAUGUUUGAGACUUCCUCCUCCUCCUCCUGUUCUUCCUCCUCCUCCUCCCUCUUCCUCCUCCUCCUCCUCUUCCUCUUCCUCCUGUUCUUCCUCCUCUCCUCCCUCUUUCUCCUCCUCCUCCUCUUCCUCC